AUGCUCCUAGGAUCCGUUUCGUGGUUAGAUAUCAUUGUUUUUUUAGGCUUCGCAGCUAUAUAUCUACUGCGAGACAUCGGGCUUCUGGAUACACUUAUUUGUGCAAUCCAAGCACUUCCGUUCCUUGUACUUCAACUACCGGUGGAUAUUGUACGGGAACGGUACCUGACCGCUAAAAAACAUCAGUUGCCAUUCACACAGCGAACGACACUAUUCCAGGACCUAGUUGUCCGUUGCAUGCGCUAUGCUUUCUCCAACAUACCAAGCAGAAUCACCCGGGUUUUCUUCACGAGGGGUGUUACACUACCGUUCCUAAGAUUCAGGAUGUUUCGCCAUGGAUACUUUAAGCAACUUGCGCGUCCAAUAUGGAGCGAGGUUCAUCGCGCUGAAGAUGGGUUGAAGGGACUAUGGAUUGUUGAAGACCGAGACAAGAAACCUGAUCUCUUUAUCUAUUAUUCUCAUGGCGGAGGUUUUGCGAUGGGUUCGUCUUACUUUUACCUCGAAUUCUUGAUUACUUGGAUAUCAAUCCUUAAGGAAUCCGGAUUCGUGAAUCCCGCAAUAUUUGCCCUGGAAUAUACGCUUGUUCCAGAGCAAACAUAUCCGCACCAGCUUGGGGAAAUGCUUGUUGGCUAUAAUUACGUUCUUUCAAUCGCCGGCGAUCCUAGUCAAAUAGUUGUAAGUGGGGACAGUGCUGGAGGAACUCUUACUCUCAGUCUCUUGCUCAGUCUGGCAAGUCAACAUCCAAACAAAAAGCCAGCUUUGGCUACACUUAUAUCGCCAUGGACUAAUUUGGUUUCUGAACUAAAUCGUAACACUUCUACGGAUUAUCUUAACGUUGAAAAGCUCCAUGAUCUCGCAAGGCAAUAUGCUGGUCUUCACAGAGUGUAUGAUCCACUUAUAUCUCCCGGGUGCUGUAUGGAUACGCUGUGGUGGGAGAGGGCCAUGCCUACCAAAGGGAUGCAUUACUAUUACGGUUCCGAAGAAGUUUUCUGUGAGAGUAUUCGAACAAUGGCCAAAAGGUUGGAGAGAAUAGGGCCAGUAACCUGUCAUGAGGAUGAAAGUCUUCAUGCAUGGCCUUUUGCUGUUUUGUUUCUCGGAGGACACAAGGAGGAGAGGGCCGCAGGAUUGUGGACAGUUUCCAGAGACAUUGCGCAAGCUUUAUUGUGA